UGUUCGCGGCCCCGGCGGUGCCUUUAAAUUGUUUCCCUUUCUUUAUGCUUAAAGUCCUCCCUGGUAGGGAUGGCGUAUGGCACAAUAGAUUUGCAGUGGCAUGCCGGGUCGUAUCUCGCGUGCUGAACCGUUCAAGCGCAGAUGAUGGGGCGUUCCUAUUACGCGAAUCAUCACAGUGGCCGCAUGUUCAAGGCCAACUCUCAGCCUCGCUGAACCUCUGCCGCAUCGUCAGUGAAAAGCAUGCCCCCUUGCGCGACAACGAAUUCUUGACAUUUGUUGCGGCGCUUUUCUGGAAGUCUCCGCUGUCGCGCAGUGCUUGGACGAGUCACUGAGGAACCUGCAAAGACUGUGGGAAGUUUCAGGAGCAUUGCCAACGAUGAGCGAAUUCAAGCAGUCUCUCGUACGUGGAAGCGCUAGCAGUAGCACCAGUGCCGAGGACACUGCCGCCUCUUUGAACAACCUCCCUGGCUCACCCCUGAGUGGGAGUAGUGCGCUGGCUGGGGCGACUCCCAGCGCUUGUCGCAGCAGCAGCAUUGCCAAUCCCUUCGAUGUUGAGCCGGAGCAACUCACUCAGCCGUCCUGUUCGCCAUCCAUGUUCCUGUCAAGGAGUCGCCAGACGCCGGGAUCGCGCCGGUCGUUCCGGUGGUCUAUUGAGCAGAUGGCUGGUCUGUGGCCGGCAAACAUAGAGGAAGAACAGGAGCCUAGUCUUCUACAACCUGCAAGGAGCGAUGCCCUCUACGAGGAACAGUCUCAGCAGGCUAUAGAACUGUUUUUCUCACGCCACGAGAUUGUUCCUUCACCGUGGGAGGCGCCGUCGAAGACUAAGAGUGCGUCUGCGGCGUCCAAAGGCCUUGGUUGUGGUGAUCCCUCGCUCAUGAAACAGUGCCCUCUCAUGUCCUCAGCUUGGAGUCAGACAACGCUCACAAUUCCUCCGGAUGUUGACCUCAGUGCAGUUUUGGGAGACUACUUCAAGUUUCAUGCAGCACAGGACAAGCAAACGACCAGUCAAGUGAACCACAGCCGCGACUCUCUUAGACGCAAGCUCUUCUGCAACACUGUUGAGGCGAAGAUGCACACUCCUGAGAGGCAUGAAAGUGAACGACUAAGUCUCUUGAUGGAUGGCUCAUCGAGGAGGCUGUCUUCUACGUCCGUGCAUAUGGCACUGUGCUCCAGCCCCAUCGGUGGGGGAGGAGGCAUACGACCCCGUUGCAGCCAGGCCUCGAGCCCAGGCUGCGAACGCAUGCAGCUGUCUCCAAUAUGCCGCCAGGCCCACACCAGGCCACUGCUUGGAUCACCUCAGCAACAACAAAACAUGAAGCUCUCCGAUCCUGGUGAAUCUCCUCCCUUUACUGAUGAGGAUGACCACACCGACGAGAGUGUGGCGACUAGUGGAGGUGCCGGCGACAUGUCAGUGGUCACUGCUGCCGACCGGUCUGACUGCAUGCAGCUCAGCCCUUGCGCCAGCGGACAGAGGCAGGCUGAGCCACUAUGACGACAGCCACAUUUUAGUUUUUUAAGACUUUCCUUUUUUUUUCUUCUUGACAGUUCUGUCAGCAAGUCUUGUCUAUACAUCCAGGCCAUCUGUGGGUGGAACAGUGUUUUCAUUUUUCUUUCUUACUAUAGAGUGAGGUGCUAGACGCGCAGUUUGUGUUUAUAAUCUGCAGCUUGAAGCACUGAAGCUUGGAAGGGAAGGUGCAAGAGUUAGGACAAAAUCUCGAACAACCUCACCUGUGUUCAUCAUUCUCUUUUCUUUGCAAUUCUUUACCUUUCUCACUUCACUUCAGUGCCUCACACUGCAAGUUCUGCUGGGCCAAGUCAAACCAGCUCGCCCACAUCAUCGUUCUCGUGAGUGGAUAUGUGACUGAAGGAAGUUCUCGUGUGAUGUUUGCAAUGUUGCUUCUGACUUAGGUUAGAAACUGUUCACGUGGUCACUACUUUGCCGAUCCAGGCAUCUUCGAAAUUCCCAGAAAUUCAUACUGUUGUUUUCAUCCCUCGUGUCUUCGUGUGUCUUUUCUACUCAUGCAGUGCGCACAUUUAAAACUAAUUGAACGUUGGGUGAAGCAUUGCUGACGUGCUUAUCUGUGUAACGUGACUGGUCUAGCCAAGAUGGGGGAGCUUUGCAUUGAUGAAAGAAUUGAAAAUGCAGUCUAUGCCACUGUUCUUGCAAUCAUGCAAAUUCAUCUCUCUUUUUAUGACAGAACCCAAACAUUAUGCUUCAUGAUGAUCUUGAAAGUCUUUGUAAGCAGAAAAAGCCAUCUAAUGAAAUAUUGCAUGAUCAAUUUUGUGGUUUUUAAAAAGCAGCGAGGUGCAGUACACAUAAGAAUUUUAGUACGCAUCAGUAUUUGCUCGUGUAUAGGCUACCCUUGCAUGUAAUCUGUGCCUCCAACUAAAAACUGCGAAAAAGUAUUAAAAAAUUUAAGGCCUUCCUCACAUUAUUGCGAAGCCAGCUUGUGCCCAAAAUACGGGUUUGAAAUUUCUGUAUAUUUUGCAUUGGUUAUGCGUGUGCAAAUAUGGCUUGCGAGCAUUAUAAAGUCAUGGUGAGACC